GGACUAGUGUCCAGAUCUUCACCAAAGAAGCCUAGAAGUCGGAGUAUCUUUAAAGCUCUCUUCUGUUGCCUUAGUGCACAGAAUGUCAGCCGACCAGGGGGCCCAUGUGAGGCUCCCAUCCAAAAGGAGGAGGCCCAGUCAACUCCAAAGGCGGAUCUGUUACAAUGUCUUCAGUACCAGUUCUACCAGAUUCCAGGUACCUCCUUGCUCCCUGAGGUAGCGCCCAGGGAUAAGGGGAAGAUAUGUAUGGUGAUUGAUUUGGAUGAAACACUAGUUCAUAGUUCUUUUAAGCCCAUCAGCAAUGCAGAUUUCAUAGUACCAGUGGAGAUUGAGGGGACCACUCAUCAGGUAUAUGUUCUGAAAAGGCCUUAUGUUGAUGAGUUUCUGGAAAGAAUGGGUCAGCUCUAUGAGUGUGUGCUAUUCACUGCUAGUCUUGCCAAGUAUGCUGAUCCAGUGACAGACCUUUUGGACAAAGAAGGGGUCUUCCGUUCCCGGCUCUUCAGAGAAGCUUGCGUCUUCCACCAGGGUUGCUAUGUCAAAGACUUGAGUCGACUAGGAAGAGACCUGAAGAAAACCAUUAUCUUAGACAAUUCUCCAGCAUCUUACAUCUUUCAUCCAGAAAAUGCAGUGCCUGUGCAGUCUUGGUUCGAUGAUAUGGGGGACACAGAGCUUUUAAGCCUCAUCCCAAUCUUCGAGGAGCUCAGUGACUCCGAGGACAUUUAUGCCAGUCUUGGCCAACUGAGGGCCCCUUGA